AUGGCUAGCAUAAACUACGUGCCGACCUCAUCGCGAACUUUAAACUUUGCAAUUUGCACUUCAGUUUCCGCCCACCGUGGAUCUAGAGUGGGUUACGAACUUGGGAAGGAGGAAGAGCAUAUUGGGGAUCCUCUCUCGACCCAGCUUCUGAACAGUAUCCCGGCAUAUAGCCCCAAUCUCGAAUCAGGCGCUUCUUCGCGACUCGUUGCCACUAUCAAGAGAAGCGCUUCAAUCAUUGAUGGCGCCGAGGAGACGUUAGGUACUACUGGUGAGAGCACAGCUGCGUGCAAGAUAUUCCAGACAUUGUUUGGAAACCGCACUAUAAGCUCUGGAAACCCUUCUUAUACCCCUGAAACAGAUGUGAACUGGUCCCAAACUUGUUGGCUUCCCGCUUCUUGCUUUGUUCAAGUUCAAACAACAACUGAGGUGCUGGCGGCACUCAAGGUUGCGACUUGCACCCAGUCCAAAUUUGCUAUCCGAAACAGGGGGCACAACCCAAAUCCCAGAUUCGCGAGCAUAGAAAACGGAGUCUUAAUAGACCUCGAAGCUGCCGGCGAUAAAGUAUCAGUCGAUGUAUCUAGAGGGAUUGUUAGUACUGGACUAGGUGCGAGUUUUAUAGAUGUAUAUAACGCAACGGACAAAUAUAAUGUCAGUGCUAUCGGAGGAAGAGAUGGCGAUGUGGGUGUCGCCGGCGUUAUUCUGGGAGGAGGCAUGCCAUACUUCGGGAACCUAUACGGAUUAGCCUAUGACAACGUGAAGGAAUUCGAAAUCUGGUACUCUCUCGUCAUGUACACUCACAAUGAAACCAGCAUGGCAUUGGAGGGCGUUGAACAACUGCACGCGUACAUGGAGGCGGAUCCUAAAUUGGGCUUCUUCCUGAAUUUCAAUCCCACUGGUCUGUACACUGGUCUCUUCUAUGCAGAAUGGACAGAGUGGCCUACAGCCAAUGAGCCUUUCCGGAAACUGGAUCCAGUCAUGGCAUUUGCGCCUCCGACAAAUGGCACAGUAGCAUUGCUGGCGGCGGCAAUCGGGCUUGGUCCAGAAAAGACUCCUCUCAGAUCGGGGACGUUCUAG